AUGGUGGCCGAGUGGGCUGCCGAGGCCGCGCGGUCCUGCGCCCUGGCGCAGCAGGCCGCCGCCGAGCACGCUUUGAUCCUGGAGCGGCUGGAGGCGCGCGAGGCCGAGCUGGCGGAAGCCAGACGGCGGCUGACCGAGGCUGCCGAGGCGCAGGGUGCCGCAGCGUCUGGUGGUGUGGGGCCGGGGUCGGGCGUUGCUGAGCCAACCGGCGACAACAACGCAUCUGGAGUCGAGGGCGGCGAUGCGGAGCUCAGACUGGCCGCUGCACUGGCAGCCCUGGAGGAGACGGAGGAGGAGGUGGAUGCGCAGGCGGCCCUGAUCGCCCGGCUCCAGGCGGAGGCCGUGGAGGCCGCGGAGAGGCUGGCGUCCGUCCAGAGUUCUGCUGCGGCUGAUGUGGAGGCCGGCAACGAGCUGCUGGCGGCCGCUGAAGCCGCCCUCCAAUCCAUGGGCACCCGCCUGCGGGCUCUGGAAGAGGGCAGGGCAGAGGGUGAUGCGGGGGCAGAGGCCGGGCUCAGGGCCGAGCUGGCGUUUUUCCAGGCCGAGCUGGAAGCCGAAAUGAAGUUUUGCGAGCAGGCGGCACAGCGAGCCGCUGCGGCUGAAGCGGAGGUGGAGCGCCUGAGGAAAGAGACCCCUGCUGAGGUGCCCAGGGACCUGUCAGAGCUGGAGGGCCUGAUCGAGCGGCAAGCCAAGGCUUUGGCGGAUGCACGGGCAGAGGCUGCUCGUGCGGCGGCUGAGGUCGAGCGGCUGACGUCGCAACUGGAGCGUGCAAGCCCCGACGGCAUGGCGGCGGAGGCCGCGAAGCCUGCCCCUUCAAAGAGCCACGGUUCCUGGUCCCUGGGAGGUCAAAACGGCGCCACCACGAAGGCAGCCGUGUCCCUGGAGGCCGCGCUGCAGCGCAUUGCUCAGCUGGAAAGCGAGAAUGAGGACCUGAGGAGCGACGCCCUGGAGCGGGACGCCAUCCUGGCGCAGUCGCGGGAGUUCAUCGCUAGCACCCUGGCGGGCUUCAAGCUCGGAUCCAGCGCACAGGCGGGGCCCUGA